GCCUUUCCUUUCUGCUGCUGCUAAGCGAUGAAUUUUUGUUUUUAAAUAAUUGCAACGAAAAAAUAAUUAUUUUAACAACCUGUGAAACAAACUUUCAGUUCCAAAAUAUAAUUUUUCACUAUGUUAAGCAACGUUAGGAGCUUAAAAGGAUUCAUAUUUCCAUGUACAAAUCGUGUAAUCAGUCAUGCAAAAUUCAGCGCAAGUACCUCGGGGUCAACGUUGGUAAACGUUGUUGAAAAUGAGGAAAAAAAAAUUGCUUCUGUGAUAAUGCAAAGACCACCUGUAAAUAGCCUCAAUCUGGAGAUGAUUCAAGAAAUUACUGCAGCUAUUAAAAAUUUAGAAAAAAAGAGAUAUAGAGGCUUUAUUUUAGGUUCAAGUUCUCCGACUGUUUUUUCAGCUGGCCUUGAUAUAACUGAAAUGUACCAGUUUAAAGAGGAACGAUUGCGUCAGUUUUGGACAUCGUUGCAGACAAUGUGGAAAACACUGUAUGCUACUCCUCUUAUCAGUAUUGCUGCUAUUAAUGGUCAUGCACCUGCUGGAGGAUGUCUUUUAUCAAUCAGUUGUGACCAUAGCAUCAUGGUUAAGCCCAAGACAACUAUAGGACUGAAUGAAACUUUGUUGGGUAUAGUUGCUCCACAAUGGUUUCGGGAUGUUUUUGUUCAUACAAUUGGAUUUCGACUGGCAGAGCAUGCUCUUAAGCUGGGGACUCUUUUCACAGCUGAGCAAGCAUUGAAUAUAAGUCUUGUGAAUGACCUUGUAGAAUCGCCUGCUGAACUAAUGUCAAAAGCUGAGGAAGAAAUGGAUAAAUGGUUGAAGAUUCCAGAUGCUGCUCGAAUAAUGACAAAAGUAAGUUUACGCAAGCCAGCUGUAGAUAAAUUAAUAUCUUAUGAGAAACAAGAACUGGAAGAAAUAAUCAAACUCAUGAACAGAGAAGAAACACAGAAAAUGUUGGGGAAGUAUUUUGAAAGCCUUAAAGGGAAAAAGAAAUGAAUAAUGAGAGGUAAUUCAAGAGUAGGAAGUUGUGUCUAUUUAUUGUAAUUAUUUUUUUACUGUUGUAUAUGUUUCACUUUUGAUGUUCGAAGUUGAAUGCAUUUCAAUGUGCCUUUUUCAAAAAAUUGUUUUUGUUUAUGAAACUUUUAUGACUCUAAAUGAUAUUGUGUGUACCAAAAAUGCUUUUUAUUACUGUCUGAAAAGAAAAAUACUUCAAUCAAAUUUGAUAA